AUGGAUGUGUUCAGCUUUGUGAAGAUGCCAAAGCUGUCAGGCCACAGGACCAAAUCCUCAGGCUGGCCGCCCCCUUCAGGGACCUGGAGUGCAUCACAGGGACCCCCCAAUGGAUGGGACAUGGGUACCAAUAGAGAGGGGCGUGACUGCUACAUCAACCACGUCUCCCACAGCAGCUCUCUGGAUGAGGUUCGUCUGGACGGGGACAGGUUUGUGCCACCAGCGCCCCGCAAGGUGGAGAUGAGACGAGACCCAGUGCUUGGCUUUGGAUUUGUGGCCGGCAGCGAGAAACCUGUGGUGGUCCGCUCAGUCACACCAGGGGGUCCGUCAGAAGGCAGGCUGAUCCCAGGAGACGAGAUCAUGAUGAUUAAUGAUGAGCCAGUCAGUUCAGCACCCAGGGAGAGGGUCAUUGACCUUGUCAGGAGUUGCAAGGAAUCCAUAGUGUUGAGCGUUGUUCAACCAUACCCAUCACCCAAAUCGGCGUUCAUCAGUGCAGCCAAAAAGGCCAAGUUAAAGACUAAUCCUGUUAAAGUCCGCUUCGCUGAAGAGGUUAUCGUCAAUGGCCAGGUCCCCGAAACGGUGAAGGACAACUCCCUUCUCUUUAUGCCAAAUGUUCUGAAGGUGUACCUGGAGAACGGGCAGACUAAAUCAUUUAAAUUCGACAGCAGCACAUCCAUUAAGGAUGUCAUCUUGACCCUGCAAGAAAAGCUAUCCAUUAAGAGUAUCGAGCACUUCUCUUUGAUGCUGGAGCAAAGAGCUGAGGGGUCUGCCAGCAAACUCAUGCUCCUGCAUGAGCAGGAGAUGCUAACUCAGGUGACACAGAGGCCAGGGUCACACAAGAUGAAGUGCUUUUUUCGCAUCACUUUUGUCCCAAAGGAUCCUGUGGACCUGCUGAGGAGAGACGCAGUAGCAUUUGAGUACCUCUAUGUUCAGAGCUGUAAUGAUGUGGUGUUGGAGAGAUUUGGGUCGGAGCUGAAAUACGACACGGCCCUCCAUCUGGCUGCCCUGCAAAUGUAUAUUCUAACCAUCAAUACCAAACAGUCACAGAAAGUUUCCUUAAAGUAUAUUGAGAAGGAGUGGGGUCUGGCGUUGUUCUUGCCUCCAGCGGUGCUGUCCAGCAUGAAAGAGAAGAACAUCAAAAAAGCCCUCACUCACAUCCUCAAAACCAACCAAGCCCUGGUGCCGCCUGGUAAAAAGCUGACUGCCUUGCAGGCAAAGGUCCAUUAUCUGAAGUAUCUCAGCGAUUUGAGGCUGUAUGGAGGACGGGUUUUUAAAUCCACGCUAAUACAAGGCGAGAAGCACACCGAAGUGACGUUGCUGGUGGGGCCCAAGUAUGGCAUCAGCCAUGUGAUUAACACCAAAACAAACCUGGUGGCACUCCUGGCUGAUUUUAGUCAUGUCAACCGCAUUGAGAUGUACACAGAAGAUGAGAACAGGGUUAGAGUGGAGCUACAUGUCCUGGACGUAAAGCCCAUCACUCUCUUAAUGGAGUCUGUUGAUGCAAUGAAUCUGGCCUGUUUGACUGCUGGCUACUACAGAUUACUGGUGGACUCUCGGCGCACCAUCUUCAAUGUGGCCAAAAACACAGAAACAAGCCAUGCAGCAAGAGUGAAGCAGACCUACCAGGCCAUUGAGUGUACUUACAGCACACCCCAUAAAGGAUUUGAAGACCGAAACAACCAGAGAUGUAACCAAGAUUAUUCUGAACGGGAGUCUGAAUACCCUGAGCACGGGAAAUUUGAAGGCCAACCGGUUUACAUAACUGAGAUCCACCAGGCCCAGCACUCAAUUCACAUGGCAGAGAGAGCAGAGUGCUGCAGAAUCCCUUGCACCCAAACGUACCUCAAUGUCCCCAGGCCCAAACCCCAAGACUCCUCCAGGAGUGCAAAGGUCUCCUUUAUAUUCGGAGAUCCUCCCUUUGACAGUGUAAACCCCCAAAAUAUGGGCUACCAGAGAUUGAUGGAUGAGAGCCCAGGCAUUCGAGACAAUCACAGCCACAUGUAUCGGCGUCUUGAGGAGGACUAUAAGAUGAUGGAUGCCAUAGAAGACGGGGACGGUUAUCAGUAUUCCACCAAAAUCUUUGGUCCUACUGAAUGCAUCGAGGAGCCGCUGCUGCACGAUAUCUGUUACGCAGAGACAACAGACGAAGCAGAGGAUGAGGAUGACAUCAGCUGUGAGGAGGACAUGGUGAUGAGUGACAUUGACAAGCCUUUGUUACUCUCGCUCUCAGGGUCCAGCGAUGACAUCAUUGACUUGACUUCCCUUCCUCCCCCACCGGAGGGUAACGACGAGGAGGACAAUGACGUGCUUCUGCACUCUCUUAACCUGGCCAUCGCUGCUCCGCCUCCCGGAUUCAGGGACAGCUCUGACGAGGAGGAGCAGCAGGGGUCCGGGACUCGGGUGCAGGGGGCUUGCAAUGACAUCCCAGUGUCUCUCAUAGAUUCAGUACCCAACCUCGGAGCAGAGUUCCACGGGGAGCCUCUAGACGAUGCAGUGGUGUCGACCUUACAGGCACUCGAGGCCCUCGCUGCAUCUGAGGAACAGAGUCCGGCACAGUCAGAGAGUAGCACAGGUGUAGAGAUAUCUCGAGCCUUUAGUCCCGAGUCCUCAGAUUCUGGCAACGAGACAAACUCCUCUGAGAUGACAGAGAGCUCCGAGCUGGCCACAGCUCAAAGACACUCAGAAAACCACCUGAGGAUGCACGUAGCCAUGACAGAAGGAUACCACGCCACGAGCGAGGAAAAGACCGCCGCUGCACCGAGCGACGGCGGUGCGAGCGCCAUGCAGUACAACCCCCAGGAGCAUCACGAUGACGAGGCAAAAUCAUCUGCCGUCGCCUCCUCCCAGAUUAUCCACUCGGAUGGCGGUGAAAUGGAGCCAGAGACGAUGGAAAUAAAGUCAGUCAGUGAAUACUUCACAAAGAUGCACCUCGGCUCAGUGUGUAUGAGCAGGCAGAGAGGAAAACAGAGGGAGGCAGAUGGCAGAAUCCAAGGAGAUACCUGUGAAUCCUCUGACAGAUCACACGUGACUUCCCACGACUCGGCAAGAGAAGAGCCCCCUCAUCUUGUUGGGAAGUAUAACGCUUUCACUGUGAGAGAUUCCUACUACAUGAAUCAACUUGAUCUCGGGCGGACUCACUUACAAGAGAGGCAUCAAAAAUGGCAGCAGAGAGCGCCCGGUAACAAAAUGGCAGAACACCACUCUCCAGAAUGCGUGAGUGACUCACAGGCUUCCCACGCAGACAGAUUGACAGUCAAGGGGCAGAAACGGGACUCAAGUGAAAGAAGUCAACAGUUAAAUGACCAUCUCCACUCUCCGUCCAAAGGGCCUGUCCUCGCAGAGGGAGAAGCCACUUCGCAGGACAAUGAGCAGCAGCAAGUUAAGAGCCCACCGUCGGAGCAAGACGUCACACAGUCAUACGAGUACCACGUGAGCAAGCGCAUGUCGUCAUUACAGAGUGAAGGCCUUCAUUCUCUCCAGAGCUCACAAUGUUCCUCUAUAGACGCCGGUUGUAGCACAGGCAGCAGCAGCUGUGUCACUCCCAUGGAUUCCCCUCUUUGUGCCACAGACAAUAUGCAUGUACUUUCAGAGUCCUCACUCAAGGGGCUGACUUAUGUAACGGCUGAGGAGAAAGCUUUUGUGGCCCCGGGUCAGGGGAGGGCUGGCCAUUCCAUGGACCACACCCUGCCGAGGAAGAUUCAUGCAGCGACCAGUGCCGAGCCGGGGUUCGGGAUUACACGAGAUGGCGGUCACCGGAUGCCCAAGAUCAAAGAAACCACAGCAUGCACACAGCUGAAGAAGGUUGGGGAAGAGUCAUCUUUAGCUCUCUGUAAUGAGACCAAUACCACCACCACAACCACGUCACCAUCAUCAUUAAGAAGUAGCACAGAGCCCAGUGGGCCAACACAGGCCGGCCCAGAGCCUGACCCACACGCCCUGGCCUUCCCCUCAAGCGGGUCUUCAAGUGACCCUAAAACAAGCAGCCUCAGGAAGCAACGCAGGGAUUUGAUGCUUAGGAGGAGUUGGAGCACCAUAAUGCCAGGCUCCGGGAGCUUAGAAGCGCUGUUAGAAAAGACCAGAGCCACUCUUACAAGGAAAAGUGGUGGUCAGAAUUUCCAGUCUCAAGAUCCCCCAAACGUACAGAGGGUAUUCUCUGCCAACAGCUUGCCUAAGAGCUUGUCCCAAGGUUCAGUCGCCUCUAAUUCAUCUAGUAAAAGGCUGCUGAGAGGAGCCUCCCUGUUGCUGCCAGAGUCAACAGCUCCCAGGCUGGAUGCACGUAGGCCUACGUGGAGGCGCCGUGUGCCCUUCAGUCACUGCUUCCUGCGGAGAAAGAAAAAGACUGGUUGUGAUUAUGAAGACAGAAAGAUGGCCUCACAUGGUCUGUCUGUUUCUUCUAAAGCUGAGCAGACUAACGUGGUCUCAGCUGCGAAUGAUAUGAGCCUCAAAGCAAGGCUAGCUCGUGUAAAUUCGAUGAAGGGAAAAACCUACAGCCUUCAGACAGGGUUCGCACUCGCACGUAAGGAUGCCUUAGAGAUGGUCGGCGUGUUGCGUUCCAGCCUCAGGCGCUUGUCCAGAGGUGAGAAACGUGAGGUCGACGAGGCGGACAUGGACACGUUCUCCCAGCUGCUAUUCACGCAGGCCAAAGUGCUGAGCAGUGCCUGCAGUCGGAUGGGCACGGAGUACAGCAGCCCGGAGGAGUUACUGCUCACUCUGACGCACAGCUUCCACACACUCUGCUGCCUAACGCAGGCCUGCAUGUCACUCGUGGAAAGCCUGAGCACCGAGAGCGAGCGGCGCGAGGUGGUCGCCAAGGCGGAUGAGGUCGUCAUGAACUACGUGUGUCUGCUGGAAGCUGCUGAGGCAGCUUCGGGAAGCUCCCCCAGUGACCAAAGUGUAAAUGCAUUGACACAUCACUCUGCCACCACGUCUGCUAUUAUAAACACACUAACUCACUCACUGAAAACAAUGCUAAACAUAAACGGUGUGGUCCGAAUUAUUGAUUUUUAA